CGCGCCGGUCUGAUUGAUAGGGAGGGGGAGGGCUCUUGGAAUAUCAACCAAUCAGAUCAGAGGUAACCCGAGCAACCCCCGCCUCCCCCCGUUGCUUGGCAACAGAGGUGGCUGAUCCGAAAUUCAAUCGGUGGAGUGGAGGCUGUAAGUGCACGGAUGAAGAGACAUAUUACAACAUCAUCAUGAUGACUAAAGUGGGUAUAGUCAAUGACCGUGAAAGCAGUCCAUUUCCACACAGCGGCAAACCUGCCUCACAUGUCACGACUUUGACAAUGUGUCCGACUGUCCUCAUGCAGGAACUGGGCAAGGUUAAGAAAAGGGGGAAGAGCCACAGAAUGCCUAGAAGUCAUUAAAAAAGGAUGAGAGUGUGGGAGACACAGAGCACAUCGGAGUGAGAAGAAACACACACAGAAAAACACCAGAUAUGAGUCGUAUCUCCCCCUCCGAAGCUCCCCGUCUUAAUGACAUCCAUCAUCUCUCCCGCUCCCAACCCUCCCUGCUCAGGGGAAAGUGCUGAAUGGUUCUGCUAGAGCGGUUUCCUGGUUCUCUGCUCAGUGCACCACUGGGGAACCUAUCGAUGAGCGGAUCAGAACCGGUAUCACCGGCCCUGUCAAGAGAGAGCAGGGAGGAGAGAGAGCGGGAGAGAGUGUGCGAUUGUGAAUGCGUGUGUGGUUGUCAGUGUGUUAUAUGAGGAGAAGCUGAGGAGGACGCAGGAGAGGAAGGAUGAGCUUCAACAAUGAUCCCAGGCAGACGGUCGCAGAACGGGGGUUGGUGAGAAACGGGAACAGUACCACAGUCCAGAAUGCAUCCAAGCCUUCAACUCCCACUCGGAAACCAAAAUCACCCAAGCCGGAGAACGCGGUCACCAUCGCCGUGUCCCCCAGGGUGCUCUUCCACAUGGAGGAGGAGCAGCAGGUCUACGAGACGCAGGGGAUGGAGGACUACAUCCGGUUCCAGAAGGAGCACGAGACGGAGCCCUUGAGCCCCGGACCCGCCUUCUCAUUCGUCAAGGCUCUGGAGGCGGUGAACGUUCGCCUGAGGGAGCUCUACCCCGACAGUGAGGAGCUCUUCGACGUGGUGCUCAUGACCAGCAACCACGCCCACGUCGGCUUGAGACUCAUCAACACCAUCAACCAUCACCAGUUGUUCAUUGAGCGCUUCUGCAUGACUGGAGGAAACAGUCCUAUUGGCUACCUAAAGGCCUAUCACACCAACCUAUACCUGUCAGCCGACUCAACCAAAGUUAGAGAGGCACUGGAGGAAGGGAUCGCUGCGGCUACCAUGUUCGCGCCGGAGAAGAUGACUGAGGUGUCGGAGGCCCAGCUGCGCGUGGCCUUCGACGGAGACGCGGUCCUCUUCUCCGACGAGUCCGAGCGGAUCUUCAAGGCCCACGGACUCGACAAGUUCUUUGAGCACGAGAAGGCCCAUGAAAACAAGCCACUGGACCAUGGGCCGUUGAAGGGAUUCCUGGAGGCUUUGGGGAAGCUGCAGAAGAAGUUCUAUGCCAAAGGCCAGCGGAUGGACUGUCCUAUUCGCACUUACUUGGUGACGGCUCGCAGUGCAGCCAGUUCAGGGACCCGGGCUCUAAACACUCUUCGAUCGUGGGGCCUGGAGAUCGACGAGGCUCUUUUCCUGGCCGGGGCCCCAAAAGGGCCGAUGCUGGAGAAAAUUCGGCCCCACAUAUUUUUUGAUGAUCAGAUGUUCCACGUGGAGGGAGCAGCAGAGCUGGGGACAGUUGCAUGUCACGUGCCCUACGGCAUCGCUCAGAGAGUGGGCCCCAAAAAGCAGGUUAAGGACACAGAGACCCCUAUGGCAGCCAUUUAGUGUGGAAUUAAGAGGAAGUCGUUUUCCUAUGUUCCUAUUUAUUUAAAACAUGAAUGAUAAUCGUACAUGGACUGGAUAAGGCAGUAAUGAUGUUCUUUGACUAGCUAUUUGAACCAUACUCAACAUGCUUAUAUAGUAACAGUAUACUUUCUGCAUCCAUCCAUUUUGAUUAAAUGAAAAUGAUUUAAAACCCAUUUAAAAAUGUUUUUCUCUCCAACCACUAUGUGGCGUCUCACCAGGUCUUAAUUGCAAUGGUGAAAAAUUUCAGAGGAAAAAAGUUCCAGCAGUGUCAUUACCUUCGACAAGUAUGGUUGUCUAAUGCUCCAACUGACCCAUAACAAAAAACAUUAUGGUCGUUUAAGUAUAAAAUUCUGAUGACAUUGUCAGUGUUUAAUCAUCGAAUGCACUGAAGGUCGAUAACAUAGUGUCAUAUUCAAUUCUCAGGACAUGGCCAAAAAAGAUAGAAAAUAUUAUUUUAGGCAAGGCAAGGCAACUUUAUUUAUAUAGCACUAUUCACAAGGCAGACUCAAAUUGCUUCACAUAUAAAUAUUGUCAUACAAUACAAUAAUAGAUAAGUAAUGUAUAAAUACAAGACAGAAUAACCAAUAAUUGUUGAUUGCCAAAAGAAAACAGCUUUUUAAUUUGGAUGUCAAACAGGUGGUCUGCACCUUAACUCAAGCACAGGGGUGGAUUACUGGAUUACAAAAAACUGGAUUACAGCCAUAAAUUAUACUUGCUCAUUUUAUAUCAAUCAAUGUGUCGAUUCAACUAACCUCACGUUACUAAGGUGAAAAAUUUUAGCCGACUUUUAGACAAGACGUCUUGUCAUGGAAAUGUUUACCAAUACCUGAGAACAAGCUCUGUAGAUCUUUCAGUGCGUACGUUUGCUGUCAUGGAUAUGCAAAGCAUAAGGCUGUUUGGGAGGGUAAAGCAGAUUCAUUUAAAUUACCCCCUUGAUUGCAACAGCACAUUACGAUGUAGGAGAGUGUUCGUUUCCGCACCAAAUAAGUUAUUUUCAUGUUUUAAAAUGCAUUUGUAGUGUGUGAGGAUGGGGUGUGUGAGGAUGAUGUGUCAGUAUGAUUAGACUCUGGGGGCAGGUGAGCCCUGCACACCUGUUGCGCAUUGAGCAAUCAGUGUGCCCAUGUUAAACCAGCCAUCGCCACACACACUCAGGAAGGUCUCUUACAUCGCGACACGGAACAGUAGGUCCGGAAUCAUUGUCUGCAAACUGUUACACUAAACCGGUUUUCCAUCAUAAUCCUGUGCCCUUACCUGGAGGUGCCCAGAAGUCAGCUAGGUGGUGUGUAGCAUUGUCUUUGUUACAGCAUUAUAGCAUAAGGGAUCUAACUAUCCAGCUCUACUCUUGCUGUGUUCAAGACAAGCCAGAAAUUGAGCCACUAUACGCCUUACUUCAUUAAGGCCUGGUAUUUAACCUUUUCAAAUUGCAUGACCACCGACUUUCCAUCUUCUCGUCCAUAACCAUAGCAGACCUCUCAAAUACUCGCCACCAUGAAAUCCUCCACCUCCCCCCUGGACCCCAUGCCCUCUGAACUUGUCAAAGCCUGUUUCACCUCUCUUGCCCCACAGACACCAUCAACUCCUCCCUAAACUUUGGCCCCGUUCCCCCACCUCUUAAGCUUGCUGCCAUCACCCCCUCCUUAAAAAACCUGGCCUUGACUCAGACGACACCAACAACUUCAUACCCAUCUCCAACCUCACAUUCCUCUCAAAAUGACUGGAAAGAGGCGUCGCAACACAACUCAAGCAAUACCUCCUCUCCAAUAACCUGUACGAAACAUUCCAAUCCGGCUUCCGUUCCCACCACAGUACUGAAACAGCCCUACUUAAAGUCACCAACGACUUCUUACUCUCCUCUGACUCCGGCUCCCUCACUAUUCUCCUCCUCCUCAACCUCAGUGCUGCCUUUGACACCGUCAAUCACUCCAUCCUCCUCAGCCGUCUGCAAUCCAUUGGCAUCACUGACUCCUUGCCCUCUCCUGGUUCACCUCCUAACUGUCUGAAAGAUUCCAAUACAUCUCCAUCAACAACCACAAGUCCCACACCAUCCCUGUCUCACACGGAGUCCCCCAAGGCUCAGUGCUUGGCCCAAUCCUCUUCAUCCUCUACAUGCUCCCACUAGGUCACAUCAUCCGCCUCCCAAGGUCUUCAAUUUCAAUGUAACGCCAACGAUACCCAACUGUACAUCACCACCACAGCCAUUACUCCUGCCAUCCUCUCCACUCAACAACUGUCUCACUGACAUCAAAACCUGGAUGAACCACAACUUCCUCAAACUCAACGGAAAUAAAACUGAAAUGAUCAUCUUUGGCCCAAAAUCCAUCCUCCCCACCUCCCAGAACUUCUCACUUUGCAUCGAUGGUCACUCUGUCACUCCCUCCCCCCUGGUCAGAAACCUCAGCAUCAUCAUGGACCCCACGCUCUCCUUCAAGUCCCACACAAACAAUGUCAGAAAAACAUCCUUCUUCCACCUCCGCAACAUUGCACGCCUUCGACCCACUCUCACAUCCUCAGCUGCCGGAACACUAAUCCACGCCUUCAUCACCUGCAGACUCGACUAUUGGAAUAGCAUUCUAUAUGGCCUCCCCUCC